UAGGUCGGCAGUAGCGAGACUGUCAGCUACUGUAGACCAAAUUCGUGGUAUUGAGUCGCAUCAUCGUAUCUCCUUUCUAUUGUGGACGUCCUAAUUUUCUAAUUAUUUAUUUCAUGUAUUUUGAUUGAACUAGGCUAUCGAUCGGUAUUUCUGGAAGAGAAAUUGAUCACAGACAGAUAAUGAUGCUAACGCAUCAAGAUCACCCCUUCACAGAGAAAUUAUUUUAGAUGAGUUUCCUAUGAUCCAACCGGUAUGGCAUGCACACUUCAGUUAAUAAUGUAGCACAACAUUGGAUAAGUGCUAUCAUAUCGAAUAUUGCUUAAUGAAGCCUAGUAUAUUCAAAAAAUAGUAAAUAAAUAAAAUAGAAAACUGAAAUUUCUGGACGUCCUCAAAGAUGGUGAAUUGUUCUAUGUGGAUGCAAAAUUUCCAUCCAAGAUGACUUUCGUUGUGCUUUAUACACAAAAUUUAAUCAAUGCUCCAAAGUAUAUUUUCGAAGCUCUUUCAGAUGCCCUAUUUUAUUUAUUUUGUCAAGAGCUCCUGCAGUAUAAAUUGCCAUGAAAUAUUACAAGUACUUAGUAUUAUUGGGCAUGUUCGAUGGAUAUAAUAUAGGUUUUUUCCGAAUUUACUGUUCACACUAGGUGUAGAUGAACUCGAGCUCGAAAAGGUUGACCUCGUGUCAUAUUUCUAUUUGUUAGGUUGUUUUUUUAGUGUUAUACUAUUGUUGUAAUAUGGUCUAGAAUUAGAGUUUACACUUAAUUAAUUCCUACCAAGUUCUUAUAACGAGUCAGUGAGUGAACCCAAUGGCAAAAAUUUCUGGCUCCGCCCCUGAUUACAGCCGUGUUUGUAUUCGUGUGUGUAGAUCGAGAGCAAGGAUAGGGACAGCUUUUGCUCGAUCUGUUCUUCCCUCGUCAAUCUCUUGUAGCUCAAGUGGGGGAGCUACGAAGACUUUUGCUUGGUGCAACGCUCAGAGUACAUCUAAACUGCUAUGUGAAUUGGAUCUAUUCUCCAGUAGUUCAUCUUGGGUUGCUAUUGCGAAGGACUCUGCAAAUUGGAUUUGAAGGAGCUGCUAUUCAAGAAUUUCGACCCAAGAUAUGGAGGCCGCUGCUGGGGCAUUGAGCCCUGUCCUUCGUAAGCUCGGUGAGCUGCUCGCUGGAGAAUACAACCUGGCGAAGCGAGUAAAGAAAGGAGUACAAUCACUUCGUAUAGAAUUGGAGAUGAUGCACGCUGUACUUCGUGAGGUUGGCAAGGUGCCGCUGGAUCAGCUCCAGGAGCCGGUCCGGAUUUGGGCUGGCAAGGUGAGAGACCUGUCUUGCGACAUGGAAGACGUUGUUGACGACUUCAUGGCGCGUGUGGGUGAGAGUUCAGGCAGAAAGCCAACGGACAUGAGGAGUCGAGUCAAUAAGUUCCUCAAGAAGACCACCACAUUAUUUUGUAAAGGCAAAGCACUUCAUCAAAUCUGUGAUGCCAUCAAAGAAGCUCAGGAUCUUGCCAAGGAGUUGGCAGAGCUGCGUAAAAAGUAUGAGCUUGACAUGUUUAGCUCUACCAACGGUGCUACCAUUGACCCUCGUGUAUUAGCUCUACAAAAAGACGUAGGGGAGCUUGUUGGACUUGACCGCACAAGGGAUGAACUUAUUAAAACACUGAUUUGUGCGGACAGGAGUUCCAAGGAGCACUUGAAGACCAUCUCUAUUGUUGGUGUUGGUGGCCUAGGCAAGACAACCCUCACCAAAGCAGUUUUCGAGAUGAUCAAAGCCCAAUUUCAUUGUGCAGCUUUUGUCCCGGUGGGUCAGAACCCAGAUAUCAGGAAAUUUUUCAAAGACCUACUCUAUGGCUUCGACAAAGAGAAGUUCAAAGACAUUCAUAAUACAACAAGAAAUGAGAAACUACUCAUGGAGGAAAUCAGUGAAUUCCUUCUGGAUAAGAGGUACCUCGUUGUAAUUGGUGAUAUAUGGGAAGAAGAAAUAUGGAGAUUUAUAAAUUGUGCUUUGUGUAAAAACAAACUCCACAGUCGGGUAAUCACAACAACCCGUAAUGUGAGUGUGUCUGAAGCAUGUCUCUCUUCUAGUUAUGACAUGAUUCAGCAAAUGAAACCUCUUUCUGAUGAAGACUCAUAGAUACUCUUCCAUAGAAGAAUAUUUCAAAGCAAGGAGAAAUGUCCAUAAGAUUUGCAAGUAGUAUCGAGAGAGAUAUUGAAGAAAUGUGGUGAUGUACCAUUAGCCAUCAUUACAAUAGCUAGCCUCCUGGUUAGUAACCAAAAGAUAAAGCAAAAAGAUGAAUGGGUGCAUGUGUGCAAUUCGAUGGGCCGUGGAGUUACACAAGGUGGUAUUUUGAAGGACAUGAAGAGGAUAUUAUCACUCAGCUAUUAUGAUUUGCCAUCUCAUCUGAAGCCUUGUUUAUUAUAUCUAAGCAUCUUUCCUGAAGACUUUGAGAUUGAGAGAGACUGGUUGAUAUGGAGGUGGCUUGCUGAAGGGUUUAUCCAAUGUGACAAAGAUGAAACCAGGCUGUUUGAGAUCGGAAAGAGCUACUUCAAUGAGCUUAUGAACAUGAGCUUGAUCCAGCCAGCAAAAAUCAAUUUGGAAGGAACGGCAGUAACUUGCCGUAUACAUGAUAUGGUGCUUGACCUUAUAUGCUCACUGUCAAGUGAGGAGAAUUUUACCUCCAUAUUGGAUAAUGCUGAGUGGCAUGCACCUAAUCCGCAAAGGAAAUUUCGCAGGUUAUCACUUCAUAAUAUCAAGGCGAAGGUUCAGAACCAUCAAUUGAUAGCACUAGCUGUCAAAAGUGAGGACCUUUGCUAUUUUUUCUUCGGUUACUUUCGAUUGGUUGCCAUCUCUCUCAUGCUUCAAAUUUUUACGUGUGCUGGAUAUUGGAAAUUGUGUCAGCCAUGAAAGUAGCUCUGGUAUCAGCCUCAAGUAUGUUGGGAAUUUAAUUCACCUAAGGUACCUAGGGCUCAAGGAUGCAGAUGUUUGCGACCUCCCAAUGGACAUAGGCAAGUUGCAGCUUUUACACACACUGGAUAUAAUAGACACUAGUAUAAAAGAAUUACCUUCAAGUGUUGUACAGCUCAGAAAUUUGAUAUGCCUAUGUGUCAAUUCUAGGGUGAGGCUGCCAAAAGGAAUGGGGAGCUUGAUGUCCCUUGAAGUGCUGGAACAAGUAGGCUUAUCCUUGUCUCCUCACUUUAUGAAAGACCUGGGCCAUCUGACAGAGGUUAGGACGCUCAGUGUUGACUGUCGUAACAUGGACGAGGAUCUGAUUGAUAUAUUAAUCAAGUCUCUAGGCAACCUGCAGAAAUUUUAAAAUCUGCGUAUUUAUGAUGGUGGCAGAUUGUUAGAUCGCAUGUGUGAAAGUUGGGUGCCACCUCCAAACCUCCGUAGUUUUGAUUCAUGGGACCCCUUUUCUCCUUCGCAGUUCUCGCGACUUCCAAAUUGGGUUAAUUCAAUGUCGCUUCCCCACAUCUCCACCCUGAAGAUAGAUGUGGAAGAACUGCAAGGGGAUGACAUUCAGAUCAUUGGGAUGAUGCCCGCUCUUUGCUUUCUACAGCUGUGUACACGUCGCGUGAUGGGAACGUUGGUUGUGAGGGCCGAAGCAUUCCCAUCUGGAAGAUGUUGCUGGUUCUACGGGUUUCCGAUGCCGCCGAGCCUUUUUCUACCUGGAGCUAUGCCAAUGGUUCAGCGCCUUGCCUUCGGGGUAUCUGUGUGGUCUAUCGCGAGUGUUGAGGUCAACUGCGGCAUGAGCCACCUCCCUUCUCUCGAGCAUGUUGAGGUUUUUCUGCAGCAUGAGAAUUCCAGUGAUGAAGAGAUGGAGACAGCCAAGGCUUGGCUGAGGCGUGCAGGAGAAGCCCAUCCAAAACGUCCCACCAUUCAAAUCAUUGACUGGUGAGUGCUGACAUCCCUCUGCCGCCGGUAAGGCCUUCAAACAAAUCCUGGGUCAGGUACUCUACUAGUAGUUCCAUCAGUCGUUGCGGAUAUUGCAACAACAUUUCGAUAGGCGAAAAACAAUUCUAUCUCGUUUGAUUCCUGUGCCACUGCAGCUUCCACUAACGAAGGCUCAUUCUCUCUGUGUAUGUUCGGGUUCCGUCUUGAGGCUGCUGGUGUUGUUCAUGAUGAUCUGUUUAUUUUUCCUGCAUAUGCUUUCGGAAAUGCAGUAUCUCAUUUCCUUUAUUCAGUCAAGACUCGUACAAUAAAAGGUUGCAUUCAGUGGCACUAUUUGUAACACUACUACCUCUACUUCCUUUAUUCAGUCAAGACUCGUACAAUGAAAGGUUCCGUCU